GAGGAGCCCACGCACCUAACCAGGGCGCCCCCCAGCCCCCGAGCGGCCCAGGAGAAAGGAGGCGGAGCCCAGGGCACUGCACAUCCAGACCAGCGCCUUCCCGGGGGGUGCAGGAGGAGGGCGACGCUCCGCUGGGACAUGCGGCCGCCCUGGGGUCUCGCGCUCCCGCUGCUGCUCCCCUGGGUGGCAGGUGGAUUAGGGGACGCUGCCAGUCCAAGGAAUCACGGCUUGUCGGUGUUGGCGCACCAGCCUGGGCUUUGUCACUAUGGAAGUAAACUAGGCUGCUGCUACGGCUGGAAAAGGAACAGCAAGGGAGUCUGUGAAGCCACCUGUGAACCUGGGUGCAAGUUCGGCGAGUGUGUGGGACCGAAUAAAUGUAGAUGCUUUCCAGGAUAUACUGGGAAAACCUGCAGCCAAGAUGUGAACGAGUGUGGAAUCAAACCCCGGCCAUGCCAGCACAGAUGUGUGAACACACACGGCAGCUACAAGUGCUUCUGUCUCAGCGGCCACACGCUCAUGCCAGAUGCGACAUGUGCCAAGUCUCGAACCUGUGCCAGAACCAACUGCCAGUAUGGCUGUGAAGACACAGAGGAAGGGCCUCGAUGUCUGUGUCCAUCGUUGGGACUCCGCCUGGCCUCAGAUGGAAGGGUGUGCGUAGAUACUGAUGAAUGUGCCUCUGGUAAAGCAGUCUGCCCCUACAAUCGGAGAUGCGUGAACACAUUUGGAAGCUACUACUGCAAAUGUCACAUUGGGUUUGAGCUGAAAUACAGCAGUGGUCGAUAUGACUGUGUGGAUAUAAAUGAAUGUGCUAUGAGUACCCAUACAUGCAGCCCCCAUGCCAACUGCCUCAAUAGCCAAGGAUCCUUCAAGUGCAAAUGCAAACAGGGAUACAAAGGCAGUGGACUUCAGUGUUCUGUUAUUCCUGAAAAUUCUGUGAGGGAAGUCCUCAGAGCACCUGGGACCAUCAAAGACAGGAUCAAGAAGUUGCUUGCUCACAAAAACAGCAUGAAAAAGAAGAUAAAAAUGGAAAGCAUCACCCCAGGUCCCACUGGGACUCGUGCCCCUAAAGUUACCUCAAAGCCUAUCAGCUAUCAAGAGAGUCUUUCCAGGGGUGGGAACUCUCCUGGAGAAAAAAAAGAAAAUGAAGGAAAAAUCAAAGAGGAGCUUGAGGAAGGGAAAAGAGAAGAGAAAGCCCUGAAGAACCUUGUGGAACAGGAACGAAGCCUCCGAGGAGAUGUGUUUUCCUCUAAGGUGAACGAAGCAGGUGAUUUGGGUCUGGAUCUGGUCCAAAGAAAAGUGCUGAAUUCCAAACUGGAAUACAAAGCAGGUUUAAAUAUCUCAGCUGACUGCAGCUUUGAUCGUGGAGUCUGUGACUGGAAACAAGACAGAGAAGAUGAUUUUGACUGGAAUCCUGCUGACCGAGACAAUGCUGUUGGGUAUUAUAUGGCAGUUCCGGCCUUGGCAGGCCACAGGAAGAACACUGGCCGAUUGAAACUUCUCCUCCCAAACCUGCAGCCCCAAAGCAACUUCUGCUUGCUGUUUGAUUACCGGCUGGUGGGAGACAAAGUAGGGAAACUUCGAGUGCUUGUGAAAAACAGUAACAAUGUGCUGGCAUGGGAAGAGACCAAGAGUGAGGAUGAAAGAUGGAAGACGGGGGAAAUUCAGUUGUAUCAAGGGAUUGAUACUGCCAAAAGUAUCAUUUUUGAAGCAGAACGUGGCAAAGGCAAAACUGGAGAAAUUGCAGUGGACAGCGUCUUGCUCGUUUCAGGGUUAUGUCCCGAUGGUCUUUUACCUGUGGAAGGUUGAAUGUUACUAUUGUCUUUUAGAUCAUAAUAUUUAGCUUUUGGUGUCAGUUCUCUAUUUCUUAGUGCUACAUCAUAAGAUUCCCCAUUUUAGAAAUACAACCUGAAAAUUGUAAUAUACCAAUAGAAACAUUGUAAAAUGUCUUUCUUGUAUCAGAUGUGCCAAUAUAUGCUUUAAAUACAGUGCCACUGUGUCUUCAUCAUUUCUGAACUUUUCCCCAAUAUAUUAGAAAAUGUGGCAGAGACAGUCCAUCUCUUCCCCUCCGCCCAGUAGAUCUGAUUUUUCUACAUAGGUUGUUGAGCUUCUCCGUGCAACAUUUCUAGAAUAACAACAAAAUUCCCAGAGAAAUGUUUGACUGUUUGACUUUUAUGAUGCUUCUUGGAAACAAUGAUAUUAAAGAUAAGCUUUGCCUAUGUGGCUCAGCCUGGCCUUUCAUAGCCAAGCAUGUAUAUUUAAAUU